AAGUGGCCAGAGGGUUCUGCAUGUUGAUUCGUCACUGAAAUCUGUAUGACAGGAGCUUCAUUUGCAGAUGACAAUUCUUGCACAAGGAGGAUUUUUGCCCAUAGUGCUCAAACAGAGGCUAGAUUGAUUGAGACAGCUCCUUGCAGAAAUCAUGAUAUAUCAGCAUUUCUCUAGAAGAAGCUACUAUGGAGGAAACUGGGCCAGUUUUAGCUUUUCAGGUCUGUUGUCCUGGCUAAAGGAACACCAGGAAAACAGUGAUGUUGUGAAUGAAUGUCCAGCAUGGCAAGAGAAGAUCCUUGAAAAUGAAGAAGCUAUUGCUCUUAGCAGGACAGACAAAACCAUUCAACAUGUGGAAGUGUUUUGUUAUGCAAGUCAGGAUUUGCAUGAAGAUGUUGAAGAAGCUGGUGCACUACAGAAAAAUCACGCUUCUGUGACAUCUGUGAACUCCACGAAAGCUGCAGAUUCUGCCUGCCUGCCUACAGAAGAUGAGUCAUUAAGCACUACAAGCUGUGAAAUACACACAGAACAAACUCCAAGCAGUGAUCCAGAGAGACCCGUAGAAGUAAAUGAUGUUCAAGUGACAGGGGAAAAAGAAAACCACUGUGAUGAUAAAACUUGUGUGCCCUCAACUGCAGAAAAAGAAACAAGUGAAAAUGUGCCUGUGGCUGAAGACAUAGCAGAACAGCCAAAGAAAAAUCGGAUUACUUACUCUCAAAUCAUUAAAGAAGGCAGGAGGUUUAAUAUCGAUUUGGUAUCAAAGCUAUUGUAUUCUCGAGGAUUGCUGAUUGAUCUUCUAAUCAAAUCUAAUGUUAGUCGAUAUGCAGAGUUCAAAAAUAUUACCAGGAUUCUUGCCUUUCGAGAAGGAAGAGUGAAACAGGUUCCUUGCUCCAGAGCAGAUGUCUUUAAUAGCAAACAACUUACUAUGGUAGAAAAGCGAAUGCUAAUGAAGUUUCUCACAUUUUGUAUGGAGUAUGAGGAACAUCCUGAUGAAUAUAAAGACUUCGAGGAAAUUACAUUUUCUGAAUAUUUAAAAACUCAAAAAUUAACCCCCAACCUCCAAUAUUUUGUCCUGCACUCAAUUGCAAUGACAUCAGAGACAGGCAGCAGUACCAUAGAUGGUCUCAAAGCUACCAAAAACUUUCUUCACUGUCUUGGACGAUAUGGCAACACUCCAUUUUUGUUUCCUUUAUAUGGUCAAGGAGAACUCCCUCAGUGUUUCUGCAGAAUGUGUGCAGUGUUUGGUGGAAUCUAUUGUCUUCGCCAUUCAGUACAAUGCCUUGUAGUGGACAAAGAAUCUGGAAAAUGUAAAGCAAUCAUAGAUCAGUAUGGUCAGAGAAUAAUCUCUAAGCAUUUCCUUGUGGAAGACAGUUAUUUAUCUGAGAACACAUGCUCACAUGUGCAAUACAGGCAGAUCUCCAGGGCAGUCUUGAUUACAGAUAGAUCUGUUCUCAAAACAGAUUCAGAUCAACAGAUUUCCAUUUUGACAGUGCCAGCAGAGGAACCAGGAACUUUUGCUGUUCGAGUCAUUGAGUUAUGUUCGUCAACAAUGACAUGCAUGAAAGGCUCAUAUUUGGUUCAUUUGACUUGUACAUCUUCUAAAACAGCAAGAGAAGAUUUAGAACCAGUUGUGCAGAAAUUGUUUACUCCAUAUACCGAAACGGAGAUAGAAAAUGAAGAAGUUGAAAAGCCAAGACUUCUAUGGGGUCUUUACUUCAAUAUGAGAGAUUCUUCAGAUGUCAGCAGGAACUCUUAUAAUGAUUUACCAUCCAACGUUUAUGUCUGCUCUGGCCCAGACUGUGCUUUAGGAAAUGAUAAUGCAGUCAAACAGGCUGAAGCACUUUUCCAACAAAUCUGCCCCAAUGAAGACUUCUGUCCACCCCCACCGAAUCCUGAAGACAUUAUCCUUGAUGGAGACAGUUUACAACCAGAGGCUUCAGAAUCCAGUGCCUUACCAGAGGCCAACUCAGAGACUCCCAAAGAAAGCUCAAAUCUGAGAAACCCAGAGGAGCCCUCUGAAUAACCAGUAUAUACCAAACUGGAUACCACACUGUGGAAAAUCCUCCUAGCCUGAGAGUCUUCUUGAUGGAAGAACUGUUUGAAAAAUGUUACACAACAGCAGCCAGUUAACAUGCGGAAUUACCAAGAAAAACAAUAAAAGAGAUCCAAAAGGGGAUUUUCCUUAAAGAGGACAUUCUAAGACCACAAAAUACUUUGUAAAGCACAUUGACUUGCCUGCUUUAAGAUACCAAACCUGUGGAAUUAGCAGAUAAAAAUUAUAAAGUGGAUUGAUUUCCAGAAAUACAGCUAUGUUUAUGAAAGUGAUCCUAUGCAUUGUUAGUAAUUCUGUGGUAUUAGGACAGGUUUUGCCUGCCACUUUGCUUGAAAGCCACAUAUUUGGAAUUGGCUCACAAAUUUCCUUUGAUUGUUUGAGUUAUAUUUUCUCUAUGGGUGUGAGCAUCGUGACACAAAUGAUGAAAGUAUAUGUAGAUAUAGUUGAAAAAAAUUAAAAUGUCAUAAUCCAAGCAGGAGCCUAUGUUUGAAAUAGAGGUUUGUUUUGUUCUCUAUCUUGAGGAGAAUUGAAGAUACUAUAUUAAAGUAGACACUUUUACAAACAAGUCAUGAGUCUAUUACUCAGUGUUUUUUUUUUUAAGUGUUAAUAGUAUUUGUAUUUGAGUCCUGAACAUUCUACGAAAGCUCAGUACUGGAGAAAUGGAAGGAAAGAUUUAAAUAGGCUCCUUUGGUGUUUGGAAAUUCUUUCUAGUUGAGUACCUGGAGCACUAACCUGAUUGUCUAUGGACCUAAUUUCAUCCUAGCUAUGCUGAUAUUAGGCAAAUGUGAUGAUGAUAUUUGCAAACUGAUGAUAUUUGCAAAUUGCCUAAUAUUAGGCAAAUUAUUUACUUUCUGCACCUCAGUUUCUCUACAUGUCUACUGAGUGAGAAUGAUUUUGAAGAUAUAUGCAGUACUAUCCUUAGAAUGAUUUUUCUGGAAUAAAAGUUCUUUCAGAAUUUUCUCAUUGACUUGGGGGUGAAUAUCAGAUCUCAUGCAGCGAAUAAUUGUUUGCUGUCACUUCCCCCAACAAUAAAUCAUAGUGUUUUUAUUGCAUUAAGCUUUUAAAAUAAAAAUCUAUUUCUUAAAUUAGUAUUUAAUAGUCUUAUAGAAAAGUAAACAAAGUAACAUAUAGAAUUAUGGUUUUAAAUCUUAAUAAGGAAAACACUCUAUAAACUCUUCAUAUUCCUUUUCUAGUAGUUGGACCUGAAACCACCAAGGACUCUAAACAGAAUAUGACAAUUGAUAAACCCUAAUAUGCACUUAGCAUAAAAAUAUAAGGGCUGUGAAUAGACGGCAAAUCUAGGUACAGUGAGUGCCUAUAUUAAAAUUUUUCCAAAUGCUGAGCUCUGAUGGUUUACCUUCUUUGAGCAAUAGUUUGGACUUAACAACUUAUUUUGAAUAAAUAAAUUCAUUAAAAGUGGAUUGUCAUGCAGUCUGGCCUGUAUUGCUGAUCAGAGAGCCAUGGCUACAGUGGAAAGCACAUAGUUCUUACAUUCUUCAGCUGCAGCAGGGCUUUGACCUCUCCAGAUUUCAGCGAUCUCAAAGGAAGCCGGCUCUUUCAGGUCACAGACUCAUGAGAAACGGAAAGAAUGUAGCUCUUGCCUCACCUUUUAAACCCCCAGCAGGGUUUAAAUUCAGCAGAUACAGCUGAAUCCAGAGGAAAACCUCCCAAGCCUCUCAGGCUACUCCUAACCCCUCUCCCCAUUGCACAGCCUUUCCCUGAUCUCUUUAAUCCCCUCUAUCCCUCUCUUCCCUUUUUAUAAUGUUAUACAAAUCAGGGACAAUAAAAUUACAUUAUAACCUACUUCGUUAUGUGAAUUCAGAUCUGUCUUAAAUUAUAUUUCCUGAAACCCAACUAUGGCAUGCGCUAAAUGCACAAUACACACCUAUAAGCACUGGGUAUUGGCCCUGCCCUGCAGUACCAGCAAUAUAAAAGUUUCCACUAUAUGAGAGCAUUGAGUUUGAAUACAAAUGCAGUAAGCUGCACCAAUUAAAAUAUUGUACUUUGUUAUAGUCUUAGAGUUAAGACCUCUUGAUAAAUCAUGCACACUUAUGUAAACAGCCAAUCAGGGUAGACCCAGAAUAACUAGGAAAAUUCUGAUAGCUUUACUAUAGUUCUCUGAACAAUGAAGGAGAUACUCUGUGGUCUUGUGGCCCAAUCUAUACAGUACCCUAUUUCAUCCAUUAGCCAGUAUCAGAAUUUCUCUUCUGGAUUGUUUAUUAAUACUGUUGAAAUGUUUAAAAGCUCCUGAACAUCAUUAGUGAUGAUUAAGAUAAUAUACAGCUGUUUAAAACUUUGUGUUAAAUAACUUUAGAUACUUCCUCUUGCCUCAGAAUGUAAUAGAAAUUAUUCUAAGAACAUUCUUUUCAGCUGUCUUACUGCAAAUACUUGUUUUCAUAGCUUUAAAGAAAAGCCUUUUGGUUUUAUUGUAAAACUGUAAGCCUGAAGUCAUAUUAAUAAAAUUUAGAUGUUUGUACAUGAUGCAGAAAUUUCAUUAGCUAAUUUUAAAUUUUGAAAAUUGCUAUUAUCAAAGAAUUGUUAUUCCUGUGUUUAAAAUGUUGUGUUAUGCAUGCUUAUUAGCCAAGAGUAAUAAUAUCAUUCAGUUUAGUCAUCAAUAUGAAAACAGAUUACUAACCCUAUGUUGCUACUGUAUUUUUGUCUAGUUGGUAUGCCUGCCCAGAAAAACAUACAUACAUACAUACAUAUAUAUAUAUAAAAUAAACAUAUAUUUUUCUACAGGAAAACUGAGUUAUAAUUUCCCUAUCUACUAUUAUACUUAGCUGCUUAUAGAAAAAUGGUCAUGUUAAUGGUUAACUUCUGGAAUCAUAAUUUCUGAGAUUGGCAGCCCUCUGCCCAAAAUAAUGGCCAUGCUAAUGAUUAAUUUCUGUUACAGCUAUAGUUCUGGAGAAAGCAAAGUAUGUCUAAAGUCCUAAAAACCUCAAAAAAAAUUUUUGUUGAAAUUAUUGCUAAAUAGUAAUGAUCCUUCAAAGCAAUUAUCUUUUUUUCUUUAAAAAUAUUUAAUAUGGUUGAAAAAUAGCAACAUACAUUUACUGCUAUUAGGAUAAUUUCUCUCAACUCUUGAUUGGUUUUCUAAAGUGCAUUUCAGAAAGCAUGAAUAUAUGGUUAUUCAUUAAUUUGCACACUGUAACAGUAAGUUUUCAGAGGAAAUAAAGUCUGUUUUAAUGCCUUUCA